AUGGCCCUCUCCCCUGCUCUCCGGGCUUCCGCACGCGCUGCCUACCGCGACGUACUCAGGGCGUCGGCGGUCACUUUUACUGGCGACGAUGUUGUUCGAGGUGCUUUCCGUGCCAUGAUCAGGAACCAAGUCAUGGCACCCUCCCAGCCUUCUGAUUCCGAGCAAUUACAAGAGAAGAUCAAACUUACACGGGAAAUUGCGGAGGUGCUACGGAAGAAUAUCGUGCAGGCAGUCAAGAUAGAGGAUGCCCGAGAUCCGGAGUCAUUCGAUAGAUUCAAGCUAAACAUCACAGAGCACACAGAGCUUGGCUCAAAUGACACCAUAAGGGAUCCUCAGCCAGUAGUAGGCUCUCCACACCGUAAUACGCACCUUGCCCGGCCUAUUCUCAUAAGCUCUGCAGAUGCUGCCAAGGAGACCCCUAGCACGCAGGUGCCCCGGUACUACUCACAGCUCAAGAAGGCGCACAAGCAGCGCGUCGUACCCGAGCUGAAGGAGGAGGACCUCGAGGAGGCGUUCGUUCGAGGCAGCGGCCCCGGCGGGCAGUCAAUCAAUAAGACUGAGAACAAUGUGCAGUUGCUUCACAAGCCGACUGGUUUGCGUGUGUCGUGUCAGGAGACGCGGUCGCUAUCACAAAAUAGAAAGUUGGCAAGAAGAAUCCUGCUUGGAAAGCUGGAUGCACUAUAUAACCCCGGCUUGUCGAAACAGGAGGUGAAGAAAGCAUUGCAACAAGAGCGAAAGCGCAGGCGCAAAAAGAAGGCUAAGAAAAAUAAACUAGGUUCUGAGGAGGAAGAACAAGAUGAGGAUGACUGA